AACUCGAAAUCAACCGCCUGCAAGCUGCAACGCUGCAACUCAACUGAUAAGUUGAUAAGUUACUAAUAAGUGCUACAACCUGUGCAAGCAAACCGGAAUUACUUGAAUAAAUUGAAAUAUUCGUCAGUGUGUGAAAUUAGGGUUUGGUAUGCGCUUUUGAUUCAUUGUUUCAUACUUAUCUCGUUCACGACACUUGUUUGAUUUUGAUCAUGUUAUUUUGUAUUUGACAUUCGCCCACCGCUGGCUGCACUCAUUACAGUAACACAAUGGUUGUGAUAACAUUUGCGAACUUCGUGCUUUGUGCAACGUUUGUGGUGAUAGCAAGUUCACCGGGCGUUAGUGGUUUAGAAGUAUGCUCACCAACAAGUAUAUUUGAAAGUGCAAACGUCUGUGGUGAUAAUAGCUAUUGCUGUGGAGUCAGUAACAAUGAAUGCUGUACCCGUCUGAUACCCUCUUGGCAGGAUCCUCCCGACAGGUCUCAAGCAAAAGCCAUGGAAGCGGUGUCAGGGUUCAUUGUAAUGAUGUCCAUCGUGUGCUGCUGUGUCUGCUGUUACCGCUGUUGCUGUCGUCGCACAACUAGUAGAGGCUUUGUGUACUCCACUCCAGGUCCAACAACUGUGGCUGUGUCACUGCCUCCAAAUCAGUCUCAACAAAUGCCAUAUCCCACGGUGGUGCCAUACCCUCAACAGACACCGUACCCACCUCAGUACAACCCUCCCCACAACCCGUACUACGGCAUGCCUCCACCAGCUUAUGGAGUAGCUGUUCAAUCAGGAAACCAGCAAGCUUCAGCUCCAAGCGCACCUUUUGUACAGAGUUAAUUAGCUUUACUAUCAAAGAAUCGUUCUGUUAACCUUAUAUACAAAUAGGUUCCAUUCAGCAUGAAAAUCCUUAUUUUAUUAUUACCAUAUAUGUGUUACAUCAUGUACUUAGAAAAAUUGUAUAGUUUGUAUUAGUUUAUGAUUAAGAUAUGAGACAAUUUGAGUGUGCUCCAUGACUUGUGCCUGUAUUUUGUAAAGAAGUGCCUUUCAAAUAAAACAAGUUCAAUUAUUUUAAA